AUGACGACGCUGAAUACCCAGCCCCUCUACAUCUACAAGAUCGUCCCCUCCUCCGCUGGGGUGCGGGAGCCGCUGCCCGAGCGACUGCCCGUCAGCGAGUUGGAUCAGAACUCGGGCUUCGUUCACCUAUCGAUGGCUCAUCAGGUCCCCAAUACAUUGAAAAUGUUUUUCAAGAAUGAGCCUUUGGUGUAUAUCCUGCGCAUCCAGUACGCCACAGUCAUGUCGGAUAUCCGAUGGGAAUCCCCGGAUGGCAAGGUCUGUGGUCCACGACCGGAUGAAGGAUUGUUUCCGCAUCUCUACAAUGGCCUAAAAUUGGGCCGGGAUGAGGUGGAGAGCAUUGCGAUUUGGCAAAACGACGGCGGAUGGGAAAAAGCACUGGAAGGGGCCAAGCCCUGGCUUGUAUACUGA